UUUUGGUUUAAUUUUAUUUCUGUAUUUUACCACGGUCUGCAAAUGGCCCCCGGGCUGCACUUUGGACACUCUUGUUCUAUACAACAUAAUAGUGAAGGAAGACUUUAGCAUGCUGGACUCUAGCAGGUUAAUUUUCAUUAUGCAAUUGCUAUUUGAAGCUUGGCCUACAAUUUUAAUCACCCGAAAAAUAACUUCUAAAACACUAAAAGUCAAUUUAUUUAAUAUAUGAGCGUCAUUUUUUGUUUAUGUCGCGUAAUCUCGUGCUAAAACACCAGCCAGCUUCAGGGUAGCAUCACGUGACGUAAGAACUCAAGACCACGCCUUUUUUUGCCGUGGCAACACUGCAAACAUUCCAGUUCGAGACCGGAAGAAAGGAAGCUGCUGGAAGCCGAUGCACCUGUGGCAGCCUUUUGUUAACUAACUUUAUUUUAAAUUUUAGCUAUUUCUUUUAGAAAAAGGAUUUAAAGUUUAACAAGCCAUGUCAGAGGCACAUUUAAAAGCUAACGAGUCAACUUCCAGCAAGUUGUCUUUAUCCGACCAGCACACUAAGUGAGUUUGUCUUCUUGAGCAGUUGCCUCAACAGCUUUGUCAAUCAAUUGAUCUUGACGACAAAUUGAUUAAAAUACUGGGCGUGUAAGCUAAAAGCAGCAUAACGAGUCUAUCCGGUUACAUUUAUUUGUACAAUUAAUUACCAAUUAAUGCUUGUAACUUUCGUGAAUUUAUGACAUUGCCUCAUUUUUCGCUCAUGCAUGUGCAGUUUGUUUUGACAGCUAGCGUACGAUAAAGUUGUACAUAAGCAGAGAAGAUGGACACUGUUUAAGGUUUUGUGCAUCCAUAAAACACAAUGCCAACAGAAAAGUUCAAGAAAAAAGGGGAGACUUCCAGCAAAAUAUCCGAAGAGCAGACCGAGUGAGUUUGGCUUAAUGUACAGUUAGCGUUAGCAUUAGCAUUAGCAUUAGCAUUAGCAAUAGCAUUAGCAUUAGCUGCCUGCUAUACAUUAGAAAACAGCUGAGGGAACUUCAACUAGACUGGAAAGAAACAAGAUGGAUGAACAUUACAAUUCAGGUUCUGUAGCUGCCACUGCCUCCGAGAGCCUGGAGGAUGUGUGGCACGAGUGGAGUGACGCGGACAUCUACAGGGAGAAAUGGGACUCGAGCAAGCCAGAAGAUCCAAAGACAAUAAACAAGACUCCCAAUGUGUACUUCGAAGAUCCAGAGGGAAAAAUCAGCCUCCCGCCGUCACUGAAAGUGUUCUACUGGAGGCGACCAACAGACUUUCUGAUCAACACGGUCCCCACUGUUGUUGAGAAUACACUCACCUUUGACCUGGUGUCCCCCAACCAUCAUCUGCUUUGCAGCGAGCUGAUGAGGUGGAUCAUCAGCGAGAUCUAUAUUGUUUGGAAAGUCUUUCACCACCCUGAAGCUACGGACCAAUUUGGCUGGAAGCCAUGGGAGCACAUCUACUCGCUUUGCAAGCCGGGGAAAGGUCACGUGCCGCUCUACAACAGCUACGGGAAAUACCUUGUUAAACUGUUCUGGAUGGGCUGUUGGAGGAGGAUCACAGUGGAUGAUUUGAUGCCGUUCGAUAGAGAGAAUAGGCUGCUGCUCCCGGCUUCCAGCUGUCGCUCGGAGCUGUGGCCCAUGCUGCUGGCAAAGGCUCUCAUCAAAGUUAUUAACACAAGGCCUCACACUGUCGAUGUCAACAGAAAUAGAAUGUUGCAGCUUUCUCGGGAGAUAGGAGAGUUCACCUUCAUCCACCACCUCACCGGAUGGAUCCCAGAAGUCAGCCCGAUAAACGUCAUGUGCCAGAGACAAACGUGGGAUUUCCUACGAGGCAGCAUCCCUGAAUUUGUACACCUCACUAAGAAAGGGGCACAGAAAAAGGCCCAUCAUUCGUCAAGGAGGAGUUCUGCUUACAACGACCACAGGAGCCAUCGACCGGAGCUAGAUAAAGGUAACCCCAAGAUGAUUGUGUGUGCCAGCUUCUAUCCCAGUCGGGUACACAACGACCCCUUUGUGUACACAAACAUGGCCGACUCCUCGGAGACGCUCCGUCGCUACACCCUCUGUUUGCCGCACAGCCACAUCGUCCUGUUGACCAGAACCCGGUCCUGCCCCUUGGAGUUACCGCCUUCACCUCCACCUCUGCCGGAAUGGAAACUCAUCCGCCAAACCAAGAAGAUUGUGAUCAGCGAUGAACCGCGGGUGAUUCCUUUGUCCAAACCAGAGGAGUUCAUCGCCAUCGCCAGCCCUUUUAUCGACCGUCACGUCAAGAGCAGCUCUGACCCUGUCUCAGAGCCAGUGGACAAGUGGACCACUCCGAGGAAGCUGUUCUACAAAGCCCCGCUGGAAGUCAUCUCUGAGACCAUGGAGAUGGAAAGCCAAGAGGGCCUUGAUCUCGUGUCCACUGAACACACCGCUACGUGUGGCAACACCGUGUCUGACGACACAGAGGUCGCUGCAGAGGACAGGAAGAAGGACGAGGAGACCGUCUCUACUGUGUGCAGGAGUAGCGGGUACAUGACUUCCAGUCAGAUGUCAGAAGGGGAACACGGCGGUGAAAGGUUUGGGAACCAAUGGCGUAGAAAAUGGCAUGCCUCUUGCCAUGUCAUUAAUACAGUGUAUCAGAACAAAUCCAUACAGUCCAUACUACCAGAGACAUGGGUGGACUCAGAGGACUUUCCUAAAUGUUUCAGUCGCCUGCUGGUGUUCUAUAACCCGGAAGCUUACCCACACCAAGCCCAGAGGUCUCUUCUGAAGUGUUCAUGUGCAAGAGGCACUUACUACCUGUAUGUGGACAGCCUGCACCCUUUUAGGAUGCUCAUCAGUUUCUCUGUCCUGCUUCGCUGGGGAGAAGCAGAAAGCAGUGACAUGCCAUCAGCUCGUUGCCCGGGACUCCUCCAGGCCGCUCCGUACCACUGGAAGAGCCGUCAGUGUCAGCCACCUACAUUCACCAUCGAAACCAACUCCUUCAAAGCCAUGGUGCUUAACUUAUCACCUGGGCGGCAUGUUUUGGCCUUCCACGCAAAUGCAGAGCUGGGCUACCAUGUGCACCUGUGCAGCAAAAUGCCUUUCUUUUUCGGGGAGGAGGACACCAUCAUGUCACACUGUACCAAGGAAAGUCUUCGUUUCACGGAGAAGGCAAUGUCUAUCAUGCGGGCCUUGUCCAGAGUGGUAGCUUCCUUUAAUGACAAGCAGGGACAGAACCCUCAAGUAAGAAGCACCCUGGAGGAGAUUUACUGUCCCAAAGAAAAGACCCCAUUAGAAAAAUGGCAGAUCCAUAAGGUGUUCAGCUUGGCCGUCUACUACAUGCUGCAUGAUGCCCUGGGCAGGAGAAUGACCCCACAGGAGCGCUUCGCUGUAAUGGUCCUAACUGCUGACCCUUCACUCCUGGCUAGGGCACCCAGAGCACGCUCUCCUGCAUUGCAUGAAGAGUCACAGCCUCCAGAAAAUUGGACUGACAGGCAGCCAACAGCUGAGGAGGUCAAGGCGGCGACUCUUCUGCAGGCUGCUUUCAGGGGGCGCUUGGUGCGACUGGUCCUCAAAUCCUCCAAAUCUGCUGAAAAAGAGAACAUCUGCACAUCUGCAGUCCUUCCAGACAUGUGGUCAAGGGUCGAAUCUGACACUGACAAACACGCCGCCUCCUUGCUAUGGAACAUGUUUGAACUUUCUGAUAAAAAGGCCACGCUCUACCCGUGUCAGCUGGAUGAAUGGACCAAAAUCGUUUUCGCCGAUUACUCAGUCAGCCUCCCAGACAAAGCCACCUCCUGGAUUUUGGUCUUUAGAGAGGUGUUCUUUUUUACCAAGGAGACAUUGCUGUUACCAAAGGUCUACUGCACGAUUCCUUAUUCCCGGCUGCACAUCAUAAAUAACGACACGGGAGAAGAGCUGACCAAUCUCAUCACAACAAUCCCACCCCAUCUUUAUCAACCCAACAUGCUGGGUUAUACCUUUGUCGCAGAGGCGAUCACCCCUGAAUGGCCUCCUGCUGGUGCCAAGUGGACCUUGCGCUUGACUUGUACAAGGGAACCUCUCCCGAAGUUGUCCCACCCAGCUCCACUCAGCACAUUUUCAAUGCAGGACUUCCACGAUUAUUACAUUCCUAACAACAUGAAUAUUAUAUGUGGCUAUUCUGUGAAGGUGACCGAACCGGUCCUCGUCACUAUUCACUUUCAGACAUCCUGUCCGCAUGUGUUGAUACGUUUGUCCAUUUUGGACCACGAGGACGAAAUGGCCAGCACCACCGGGCAAGGCGUCGCCGUCAUUCCCGUGUUCAACUUCCUGCCCAGCAAAGAGGCGGAGCCACUAGCUCCCAGUCACUCAGUGGAGGAGGAGAACCAGAACAUAUCCCCCACCCAAGAGAAUGAAAUCAAGGAAUUAGACGCCAGCCUGGAAGAAGACGAGGAGGGCAGUACAUCUGGGAAAUCAGACUCUGCAGCUGACCAAUUGCAGCCGCCCACCAAGACGCCGGUAACACCGGAGCAUAAGUAUUUGGUGAGGGCAGAGGUGCUGCGUCAGAGCUGGGAUUUGGAUGAUUCUCAGUUGGCUUUUGCACAACUGCUCAGUUACAGAGAAACCCAAGUGUUCUUCCCCGAGGAUGCGACGGACUCGGCCUCUGACACGUCGAGCAACGAGGAGCGGGCCACUGAAGUAGCAGCCAAACCUAACAAGAAAGGCCAAGACGACAAGGAAAUCGGCUGCUGCUCGACCGUCUCCAAGGAAGAAACGAGCCUUGACCUGACGAAGGCCAACUACACGCUGUGUGUGGCUGUUGACAAGAGCCAAGCAGAGAGCAUCGAGGUGAAGAAGGACGUAGAGCGAAUAGAGCAGAUCAAAGCUAUUAAAAGAGCUUGGGAAGCGGCAGAACCCGGCCGCGCUGCCAAGGCGUGGCAAUCACGCCUCAAUUGGCUGAGCCAAUUUCAACCUCCAAAUGAUGAAAUUCCUGCCGAGGAGCCACCACCGUCACCACCACCCGACGAUUCUGAUGAGGCCUGCAGUCCCGUUCCUUUCAACGCUCCCAAUAUACCAAUUGAACAACUGUUAAGCAUCGCCGUUCCUCCCAUGGACUGCACCCCCUUCAUCAGAAGGAAACAGGAUUUUCCAACACUGGUGGACUCUGAGAUGGAGGAGAACCAGCGGAGGAAGCGCUUAGAGAAGAUCCAGGCCUACCAGCUGGAGCGGGAGCAGUUGGUGGAGGAGCGCUUGCAGAACGCCACCACCAGGAGGGAACGAAUGAAAGGCCUGUUGAAGCAGUAUGAGAGCCAGCAGACAGCUAUGUUGCAAGAGCAACAGAAAUUCCAGGACAUCCGCAUGCAACACAAUCAGAAAUCCACUGACAAUCGCAAAUGGCCGAAUAACCGCUUGAAAAAGAAACAAGAGGAUAAACAACCUGUGGAUGAGGCCUAAUUAAGCAGCUCAGUUGAGGGGGGGAAACACAUUUUCCCUCGCUGCCAACAAGCAAACGGCGCUUCAUGUCAUCUUUUGCUAGGACAAUAUCUAUUGACAAAUGAAGGACACAUGCGGAAGACCACUGUGUUGCUGCGGCAAGAUCUGAGCAAGAUGGCAGGGACGUGCCAAAGCACAGAACAUACAACUAGCAUACCUCAGCAUGACUCUGAGCUGCAUCUUUGUGAACAGCCAUAUGAUCAACGACAGCCUGUGUGUCACUUUGGAGGGGACUGCAUAGGCCUACUGUCGUCUUGCACAGUUUGUCUUUCUAUUCUAUUGUCUCUGAUGAUCAUGGUAAUAUAGUACAAUUUCAAAUAUUUGUAUGCAUUGUUGAUGUUGCCUUUUUCCAUGCAAACCCAUUUGCUUCCUUGAAGGUCACGGUAUUGACUGAGAAAGCCCAAAGGCAUGCUGGGUACGUCCAGCCUCCCCACCAGCUGAUUGAUUGGUCGAUUUGAUAUAGUUGCACUAAAAGAAGUCCCGUGCACAAGGCCAAGUAUAACAUGUCUGACUUAUUUUUAAGUACAAAUCAUUAUGCAACCGUUCAUUAAUGGUUGUAAUCCAAAAUAUAUGCCUUAGCUUGAAAUCUGUGUUUUUAAUUGUCGAAAGACUACUGAUCUCCUGCAGAGUGGGACGAUAAUUGGCAAUGAAUGAGAUGAUGAUGCCAUCUAGUGGUUAUGCAUAUGAAUAAAUUGUCACCGUAAUGCUGCACUGUGCUUCCUUCGAGGUUAACAAUAAGAGGUUGGUCCAUUGCCUGCAUCUGUGGCAGGAAGAGGUACGUUUGCAUUGUGUGCGCGUGUGUGUGUCAUCCUGCUGUAAUUGCACUCCGGCAUGAAGACGUUGCACCCUUCUGCUUCCGAUGUGAUCGUUCAGCUGAAUUCAAGUAGGUGGGCAACAUGCAAUGAAUGAACAGUACGCCUCUUGUGUACACAAGAAUAGUGCAAUGUGUCCAUUGUGCUACAUCCCUGCUUGAUGUGCCUUCCAGUCAGACUGUCAGGCCUCAUUGAUUUAACCACCCAUCCUGGUAUUGAACAUUGCCUUGCGUCUCAGUACUGUAGCGCUCUUUAACUCAGAUAUUUGUUCCAUCCCGCAGAUGACAUGAGGAGCAGUGGCCUGGGACGUGUUGUUGUCAACGAGAAGCUCUGGAAUUAACAAGCUACCACGUAAUUGGCAGCUGCUGCGUAAAGAUCCCAUAUUAUAGUAGUUUUCUGCAAUUUUAAAUAUGUCUCAGAUGUCCGGCAAUACUGUAUGGGAAGUGUUUGCUCAAAUCCAGCCGUGGUGCUGGAAUGUGGACAGUUUAAAAGUGUUUUUUAGUCAGCCCUGCUGGGAACAUGCUUUUGCGUGUGUGUAGCUUUUAUGCGAAUGAGCUGUGUUUGUCCUUGCCAGUGUGUGGCUCCAAGAAGCACUAUUGUGCACUUUUUACAUAUAAACUAAUUCUGCACUUGUCCAACGUGGUAGAUGCCAUAUAUUACAUACACCAACGAACAUUAAGGAGUGGCUCGUCAGGUUGCCAACUCCCUGAAAAAUAUACUGCUCAAAAGAAUAAAGGCAACGCUAAAAUAACACAUAAGUGAAAUGUUAUUGAAUCUUUUCUUUGACUAAAAACCUAAUUUAAUUAGAUGCAUGUUGUGGAGCAAUGUGAAUACAUGGUAAGGGAAAAAAAAGACAAUGAGCGAAAACCCUUUCCCAGACUGACAUAUAUAAAAUAUAAACUCACUAAUUCAUAUAACGUGCAAAACUCCAUGUCUGUCUCGUUUCUUCAUGUUGGAACAGGAGAAAUGAAGUGCUGCUGUUGACGUGUUGAUGCAUUCAAGCCAUCUUUGAGUCUUUCAGACAUCAACCAACCAGACAAAUGUUGGGCAGAUUACAUUGACAACACAUAAAUGCUGAAACCUGAUUGGAUAAAAAAAAAAAAAAGUACAUACAUUGUACAUACACGGCAUAGCAGCCAAGAGACUACGAAAUGAAGAUAGACUAUUGGGAAUAAAUUCAUCCAAUUUUAUGGAAGCCCAUGAACGUGAUAGCCACUUGUAGGUUCUCAGUCCGACACAAAUAAGCUCCAAACAAACCCUGUUGCUUUUUUCUUUUACAGACAAAAUGUCACUGCAUUAGAAAGUCAUAUUCGGAGUCCGAAGACCAGAUGCUAGGCAGAUCACUUUAGCGAGCUAGCUAGCCACCAAGCUCAGGCAGAGUGACAACCAAAGCAAAGGGGAUAAAUAACGAUGCCAGAAAAGUCCAACAGAAAUCGAUCAUUGAUUGGCUUAGCCUGUGGCCAGCUCUUGACAGUAAAAAUGAUUGUCGUUUUGUAUACUUAGAAAAAAAAAUACAUUUCUCACACUUUAGUUUGUAAAUAUGGGACGAUUCCAUUUUCAAGGGUUCAACAGCAACAUCACGCUACGUUAGCCUAUUUGCUGAAGACAAACAAAAUCACAAACUUACAGAUCCAGUGGUUGCCACUAGUCCAGGCGUUAUUUCAAGAUGUGUAGUGAAGCCCGAAAGGGUGGGCAUAUAGCUCAUCUAGUGUUUGAGCGCCUCUUCUCUCGGCAGUGAAGCCAACAAGUGAGGGAGAUGAUAGAUUUUUCUCACGUUUGGUGCUCAUAAACAACACAUUGCUUUUAGAACAUAUUUAAAAAGUCAAUUCUGCAUAAUAAGGGGGACAUUUUAAUGCAAAGAAGACAGGAGCCGAAAGGGUGGCGUGACCUUGAACGCAAGGGUUCAUGUGCGUUUAGACUUCUCUACAAGUAAUAAGACAAUAUCGGAUUCUUGAAUGGAGCCACAUAGCAGGAUGAUGCAAUUAGGCGAAACUGGAUACACAUUCCCUGAGUGGUGUGGAGACUGGUGGUGGCCCUUUAAUUCACUUUUCAUUUGGGAGGUCAUAAUUCAAGAGCGGCUUAAUCGAUUCACUUUCCAUGUGGACGACAAACAGACGGUCCAACUGUCAGGAAUUUGUCUGCUUGUCCGCUGCCUUCAGACAGUCUUACGAGUUCAAGCGUUGGCCCUCGUGUGUCUUUUGCUGAGGUUGAGGCGGCAUGCCUCGGGUGAAAGUUGCUGGUUCGAUCCUUGUGUAAGAUGCCAACCUCAGUUGAUCUCAUUGCUGCGUCAUCGGGUGAAUGGGACAACAAUGUCAAAGCACUUUGAGUAGCUUGAAGGUAGAAAACCGCUAUGCAAGUGAAACAGACAGCUGUCCUAUCUUGUCUGACUGGUGUGUGUCCCACCUAGUCUUUGAGCAUGAAAUGAUGAAGCCAGCUCGGAUGACAGACGAAACGUCUUCUAAACAACCUGAUUCAAUGCCCUGAGAAUACAAUGACCUGGAUAAUGACAAUAUCCACAGGCAUUUGAAAGUGGAACCAAGUUUACCAUUUGUUCCAACACAGUUGGCCAAAAGUGGAUAAGGUUGCUGGAUCCUGGUUAAUACUUGUGCAGUGUACCCAAGGAGUGAGCUGUAAGACCCUUGUGUUGUCUUUGCUUUACUUUCAAGAUCAAUAAUGAAACACCCAGGCAGACAUGGACUGAAAUGGGGUGGAUACAAGGUGCUUUUCCUUCCUGGCUCAAUAUGCCGCAGUGCCAGCCCAUUCUUCUUUCUGUUACCUGCUGAGACUCUUCAAGAUCUAGAGGUCAGGCCUCAGGGGUUGGCUGUGUUGACAGAAGAUGGGGGGAGCAAGACCCUCUGAAGAGGGAAGGCUUAAGACUCUCAUGUGAUAGGAACCGACGCUAACAGACUGACAAGCACUUGUAAUCCCACCCCGCCUCUGUUCCCCUGUAACACCCUCCUCAGCGUACACUCACAAGCCGCAGCCAUGCAGCGCUGGAGGCUGGACUCCACAAUGGCAGACAUCCCAACCUCAGUGCAACCUUAUUCUUGUAAACUGGGCUAUUGCGCUCCCUUUAAUCACCUCGCAUUGACUGCACCGUCUCUGCGCCGCUGGCUGAUGUCCAGCGGUGCCAGCACAGCUCAAGCCCCCUUUUUUGUUGCAGAAAACCAAAUAAGUUGUGAGUGCUUCAUAAAAAUGUGGAAGACUCCAAAUGGGGAGUACAGUAGACCACCAAGGACAAGGCUGACCAGAUCAGAGCAUCCCAAAUCCUGUGGGUUCUUUCUGCCACUUUUACAGAUGAGCUUUCUUAUGAAAUGUUUCUUAUUUUCCCCGGGGUGCUCACUUAUCAAUGUCUACCGACAUCCUUCCUUGACGACCUGUUAAUUGGGAAGAUAAGCCUACUCCUAUUUGAAGGUCGGACGGAGUUAACAUUUGACCAGUGUGGACAUUAGUCCAGCUCUGUUUACACUUUGGACAGUGUCAAAGGGACAAAAUGAAGACUUGACAGCUGUCCUUCAUAGUUUUAAGAUUUAAGAGGAGGGGGGUGAUUUAUGUCUUCAGUGACAAGUGUCCUUCAUGGCGACCUGUCUGUUUAAUUUAUACGAUAGCACGGACGUUCACUGUAAUAACACAGGAGUCCUGUUGUCUCCUGCUGGUUUGUACUUUCUUGGUCGGGUAUCAGGCAGGAUCAUAAGUUACUUUUGUUUGCACCAAUCACAACUUCAUUGUUUUCAUGUGGGCUGUGACUAAAUUUAUUCAGUGAUGCAGAGCGUCGGAAUGUUACUUUUCUAGAUUGGUUGGUUCAAUGGCAACUCUUGGGAGGAUUACUAUUUUGCUUAAUUUACCAGCAGAUGCCUUCAGGCUAUACGAAACUUGUUUGUCAUGCUCUGCGUCGUUUGUUGUGUGGCAGCCAGAUUUGUGUGAUGAAUUUCUGUUGAACACCCCAAUCCGGAAAUCAACCAAGAAUGUAAAAAUAUGACUCAAAAGGCCGUCAUUAUGCGUAACGUCAACAAAUCUUGCAAUACGUGAGCCCUGUUUGCAUCUAGUUCUUCUCUGGCUUUGUUGUGAUGCCAUCACAGAUGUGUGACGAUCACCAUGAAACCAGAAAUUGUCAGCACAGUCGUCCCUCGCCACUUCUCCGUUCUGAUUUUGCGGCUUCACUUUAACACGAUUUUUCAAAAUAUGAAUUAUUGGUCACCAGGUGUCAAUAAGGUCACUGUAAUGUUCGCUAAGACACACAAAUGCCAAACUUGAUCAUGGAACAACCGGCUUUGAUUGCAGGUUUGAAUUAUCUCACAACAAGCACAAAAAUCACUAAUAAAAAUUCCUAGUUAAAAACAUGGGCUACGGUUGCUGCAGUAACCUGUGCCAAGCUAAAACUCACUUCCUGUCCAACUGCCACUCACCUCCCAUAGGGAACACAUUUCUAGCAACACACAAAAGCCUUAUUUAUGUCUUAAACGUCUUACUUUCUCUUAUGUUCACUAUAUUGGUUAAUAUGAGCGUAAUGGUGACUAUAGGGGUGUUAGUUCAUGUUUUGAGGGCUCUAAUAAUGUUAAAAACUCUAUUUAGAAGGUCAUAAACAGGCUCUCUAUGCUCUAUGAAAAUAUUCCAUUUAUAAACAAGGAAUCCUACUUUUUUCACUUAUCACGGUGGCGUCUGGAGCACAUUUUUCCUGCCCGUUACUCUCCCUAUUAUCUCUUCAAAAGGGAAGUACUUUUGCUUUAUUUUAGUUUUAUUAUAUACAUGUUCAAUUGACCUUAUACUUGGGAAUUACCUAAAUCAGGUGUGUCCAACUCAAUCACACGGGGCCAAAACUCAAAGCUGACUAAACAGGACAAUCGGGCAGAUUACUCAUUUCCCAGCAUUCUUCACUGUAGUUAAAAUGAUCAUUUUUGACUAUCUUGUGCCUCUUUAAGGUGUUAUUUUGUACAGGCUGGAUGUAAUAGUUAAAGGGGUGUCGUUUCUAUUCGUGUGCAGUGCAAUGUUUGCUUUUUUUGGUCUAAAUCCGGCGCUCUUGGUAAGAAUGGUUGUGAAAUACGUGCUAUUGUAUAAUACUAUGGCCACUUUUAAAUGCAUAACAGAGAAGUAGCAGUUGCUACUAGUAAAAUUGCACAGAUCACGCAAGCACUUUGUUUCUUGAGGUCCUCAAUGUGUGCCAACUAAUUUUUUCUUUUCCUUAACAGAUGAUGACCUCUGAUGCAAAGACAAAAGAUCCACACACGGAUGCUGAGAGCCACAGAGGCACGGUCACCGUGAAGUGCUGAUUUGAUAAACUGUGAAUCGAUUGGAGUUGAAACCUCAAAACGGGGAGUUAGGGGGGGUGGAAGCUGUAUACAGUCCAGUCAUGGAUAACCCGUCCCUCAUGCCCAGCAUUGAUUAUUGUUAUCUUGGAUAACACGACAACCAAGCUCUUCCUUCACCCUCCAUAGACUCGCAGUAAAAAACAAUUAUGUUGUUGGCUAAUUGAAAAGACAUAAAUGCUUUGAAAUUACCAGAUUUUUAUAGCACAGCAUGUCUGUGAAACAUUUUGUACGGUUUCCUGCUAAAUUUCUGGGAGUAGUAGCUGUCUGGCUCAGUUUUUGUGCCCCUCCUUGGCACUGGAGAUCUCCUAUGCCUGGGUGUUGACAUGCAUGAAACAGCAGUGUGUACAACUACACUACAAGUGCACUGACUUGUCUAAGAAAAACUUCCCUCUGUCAUAACCAUGGCAACACUGACACUCGCCCUUUCCUUGAAUAGUGGCGUCCAUCUGCUCCACGGUAUGACGGGUACCAGCUGUGGCACCCCAAGCGCAGUCGAGCAGACACGUCACAGCCAUGCCUUCAGCUGUUUGCACAAAUGUUCCUGCACACACACAUGCACACACACACUCUGAGCAGGCUCAGUCAUUCAUGUCUUUGUUGUUUCUGGUCCCUGUUGUUUCUCUUUUUCACCACCAGAUGCCCCCACUUAUUUCCUGUUUUACUUUGAAAGAACUCAAUGCAUGUGUUGCUGCUUGCCCUGCUUCCUUCUGUAGAUGUUUCUUCGUGUAUUUUCUUGUCCAUGACAUUUGAAUGCAUCGUUUUGUAGAAUUUGUAUCUGUAAGCUUAUCAUCGUGUGUACAAUCCGUCCUAAGCAUGUCUUAGUAUUACAAGACACAGGUGAUCCUCAGGUUUGUUAUGUUAUGACAAUAAACUGCAUCCACUGGGAAGGCUCCAGUUUGGGAGUUUUGGGGAUUUACCCCUUAGUACUCAGUACUCCUGUGACGUCACUGGAGCCAUGUUUACUGGCGUCUGCCUUUCCAGUAGAUCGUUCCUUUGACGUAAAGAGGGGAGACUUGUUGCAUGGGUACUAACUUGUCUCCCACAUUGUCCCACCCAGGCUCCAUGCACUGAAGAGGUCACUCCAGAUGCAGUCCUAUGGUCUCCUGAGAGUAUAAACAACGGGAGUUGGUGCACAGCCCUCAUCACAACACCCACAAAGGCUGGUAGUUUGGUUGAUGGUGCCGGACCACUUGAUUGCUUCACCACAGGACGAGGCAACAUCGCCAGCGACAUCGACAGCAUCAGCAUCAGCAGGUGCAGUGGAGCACAACCACAACGCAGGAUGGAUGCAUAGGG